AUGACAAGGAGACAGGCAGUCGAGGCCCUUGAUAAUAGCAUGAGGGACAUCAUGGCUCAACCUGACCUGCCAUUUGGUGGAAAGACUGUCGUGUUUGGGGGACAUUUCAGACAAGUGCUUCCUCUUGUUCGCAAGGGAACAAGGUCACAAAUAAUUGACGCGACGCUACGCAAGUCUUACCUUUGGGAGAGUAUGAGACAUAUAAGACUUGUCCGUAAUAUGAGGGCUCAAAGUGAUCCAUGGUUUGCUGAUUAUCUUCUGCCUGUCGGGAAUGGCACCAAAGAUACUAUGGAUGAUGGUUACAUACGACUCCCAGAUGAGAUUUGUGUACCAUAUACCGGCGUUGCCUCUGAUAUUGACAAGCUUAUUGAAAGUGUUUUCCCGAUGCCGCUAGAUGAAAACCUCUUGGAUCCAAACUACAUAGCGUCCCGAGCAAUUCUAUCAACUCGGAAUGAGUACAUUGACAAAAUCAAUAUGAGGAUGAUUGAGAGAUUUCCUGGGGAGGAGAUGAUAUACUACAGUUUUGAUCGCGCGGAGGAUGAUCCACACAACUACUACCUUGCAGAAUUCUUGAAUUCAUUGACACCUAAUGGUCUACCUCCCCAUAUCCUCAAGUUGAAGAUUAAUUUUCCUAUUAUAUUGUUACGGAACAUUGACCCAGCGAGUGGGUUGUGCAACGGGACGAGGCUGAUUGUCCGAGGGUUCAUGAGGAAUGGAAUUGAUGCUGAGAUUGUGCUGGGCCAGCAUGCUGGUAAGAGGGUGUUCCUUCCUCGAAUUCCUCUUUGCCCAUCAGAUGAUGAGAUUUUCCAUUUAGGUUCAAGAGGAAGCAGUUUCCAGUCAGGCUUAGCUUUGCUAUGA